AUGCCCAAAAACCUGCAUCUUGAUAAUGAUACCAGAAAAGGUGCUGGUCAAGAAGGCUUCAAUUUCAAGGCAAAGCUUCUAUGCAAUGUGAAGCCCAACCUUCUCUGGAUUCCAAAGUCUGAAACACUUGACUACUCCACACUGAGUCAGGAUCAAAUAAUUAACCAUUUCCAAAGUUCCAAGUGCUUCACAACCAAGGCCGGGUUGUGUACACUUGUAGAAGAUGUACAUUGGUUCACAGAUGUAGAUCCUAACUCAUUUAUCCCACGGUGCUACAGACUGAGAGAGAUAUAUGACCGGGAGAAAUUUAUUGAUGACUUCCGGCAAACAGCUGCCCGUGGUAUUUUAAAGAGGGUAUCAAACUCUGAUCCCAAGUGGUUAGCUGAGAAGACCACUGACAAGGGAAGUGUCCAUACAGAUAUCAUAUUGAAAUCUAUUGAAAUCUGUGAGACAUACCUGAACCAAUUGGAGCACAAUGACAUAGAUCAGGAACGCAGUAAACCCAAACCACCGAGAUAUUGGGAAGAAUUCUUGAGUGACUAUUACCGAGUUAUAGAGUGAGUUAUCUCCAUGGCAAUUUAAUUGUGUUCAUU